UUCCCGAGCGCAGCGGCGUCCGACGACGCGCAGGAACGGACAGCGCACCUGCGCCGGGGCGCUCGGCGGCGGCCUUGUACGUCAUUGCGGGCGCGACAGCCCGAGGGACUGUCUGGGGUCUGCUUCUGUGAGGGUGCCGCGGCGGGACCGGCCGGGAAGAUGCCAGUGGCGGUGAUGGCGGAAAGUGCCUUUAGUUUCAAAAAGUUGCUGGAUCAGUGCGAGAACCAGGAGCUCGAGGCUCCUGGAGGAAUUGCUACUCCCCCAGUGUAUGGUCAGCUGUUAGCUUUAUAUCUGCUCCAUAAUGACAUGAAUAAUGCAAGAUAUCUUUGGAAACGGAUACCACCUGCUAUAAAAUCUGCAAAUUCUGAACUUGGGGGAAUUUGGUCAGUAGGACAAAGAAUCUGGCAGAGAGAUUUCCCUGGGAUCUAUACGACCAUCAACGCACACCAGUGGUCUGAGACGGUCCAGCCAAUCAUGGAAGCACUUAGAGAUGCAACGAGGAGAAGAGCCUUUGCCCUGGUCUCUCAAGCCUACACCUCCAUCAUCGCCGACGACUUCGCGGCCUUCGUCGGGCUCCCUGUGGAAGAGGCUGUGAAAGAUAGGAAACUGCAUGGCAGCGCACCCCCGCCAGGGGCUGGGCUGGAAGCGGGCUGUCGUCAGGCCUGGCAGUGGUUCUGCAGCGGCGUGGCGUGAGUGUCCGCUUGGUGCUGCAAGGGAGAUGGCAUCCAGACCCAACAGGGCCUCACAAGCGCUUUCGCCACCAAGUGAGUUCAAGAAAAACUUUUUGGAUUUCUGGGUGUGGAUAAGAGAUUUCAGAUUCUUAUUUACUUUUAAAGCACUUUUUGCCAAAGGUGGUUAAUGAUAUCUUAGAACACAAGGUUUGCAAAAGGAGUACUUUGCCAUUUUUAUGAAGUUAACAUUUGGCUAUGUCUGUGAGGUGUACCCUUUUCGCAUGUGAUCGUUCUAGCUCUUUCCUUAUUGGAACCUCUUUGAUGUUCCUGUAGUCACUUUUUAUCAUGAUUCCCAGGGCCUGAUCCCUGAGUGUUUUCUAUUUUUAUUUCUAAGAACUAUGAUGAAGACUUAAGUUAACGGUGGGCCUGUGAAAUGGUGGGGUGCCCUCCUAAGAUGAUGCCCAGGAAGGGGACUCAGAGCCUCUGUUGACUGGGAGUGGGUGGGGCAGGGAAGGACAUGGUGAGAACAGAGUUACUGAAAGUCAGGGACCACGAAGGGGCGGAGGAACGCACUUGAGACAGCCCCACGCAGCUCCGGUAACAUCCGGUCUUAUAAGUGGUGGGAAAUGCGAGAUGCAGGAAAGUAAAGGAUGUACAAAUUAGUUGCUUUUGUAAGUAUGCCAGGCGAGUAGCAUUAUAUUCAUAAUUUGGAGCUUAAACUUUGUAACUUCUUUAAAUUACUUCCUUUCCUCUGAAAAUCAACAUGUUAAUAAAUGUAUUUUUAAGAAAAUCUUAACUGACCUCAUGACUCAUUUGUAGAAAUCCUCAUUUCACCCGCCCUUGGUAAAGGCAGUCUCCUCCCAGUGUCCCUUUUUGAGCCCAUUUUUUUCCUCAGUAUUUCUCACCAGACCUCUUACCCACUGGUCUCCAAAUGUGCUUUCGCAUUUUCAUUUCGCAGGUGAUGCCCAAACUAGCUCCUCGCCUCGGUAAAUUGCUCUAGAACAUUGUCUGUGCCUUGUAGCAUUGCUUUACCAUGAUUGACAUUUUUGAUUCUCUGACUAAAAUAGGAACUCUGUAAAGACCACAUCUUGUUCCCCAGUUUGCAAAUUUUACCACAGUUUUAGAUGUCUAGCAAGCAGGUUAGUGAAAGUUCCUGGAGUAAAUCAUACUCUUGCUUACUCACAGACAUUUAUUUUGAUUCGUCUUAAAAUUGAUCCAUAGUUUAUUACAUAAUAACAUCCCUCCGAGCCGUAGUCUUUAGUGACUGCCUGGGUGGGACUUCUGUACCCCCCCCCAUGCUAAUUGCAUGAUCCAGGGCAUAUCACUGGAACUCUCCAAACUCCGUUUUCCACAUCAGUCAGGUGAUGCUCCUGUGUCCCUUAUAGAGUAGAGUAGUGUGAUGAUGACCUGAGAUGGUCCCCGUGGAGCAGUGCCUGCUGGCCAGGACCCUGCG